ACCACGUACCACCUAUCGUUCGAUAACCCCCCCUUAAUUCCUCGAGUUUCGUCGAAACAUCCAAAAAUGUCCAGACCUAUACAUAAACGACCACAAAGGAUAUAGUGCAAUACUAUUUAUACCUAUUUAGAGUAUCCCUUGGUAUGCAACAGGGAACAUCAAUACGGCCGACGCCAUGGGCGCGAUGAAAGACGACGAUGGCGAUCCGUCCGCGAAUCCUGGCGUAACCCAACCGUAUCAAUACCAAAAUCGAUUAUCGACUACCACAAGGUCCUCGCAUAGCUAUGGUAGUUACGAACCUGGUGAAGCUAGUACUGCCGUCAGCCUCGACGAGUCUCUGGCGGGUACUACGGCCUUAGCCCACUCCCCUCGAAUAGAUACCGACAACCCGACCUCGAGCCCGCAUGCGCCCGAUCAAGGAACUAGAGAUUUAAAUCAUGAAGCGUAUAAGAGACGCCGGUCACAUAAGCCUCGGUCGAGUGGCGGAUUCCUUCUCGCUAAUACUAUGCUGGAUGAGCCGUCUAGGACGACGGCUGCGAUUCGGGACGAUGGUCGUAGGCGAUCGCGGAUACCGGUAGACAAUCGUAAGGGGAAGAGUCCAUUGAAUAAACAUGAAAAUUCAAAUGCGACGGGGCUAGGUAUCGAUUUUCAGGAGUUGAGGAGGUCAAGCGAUGGCCAAGCGAACCGCGUAGCGAGUCCAGUUCCCGAUGAAGAGAGACGGCAUAGUCAAGGCGGACGGCCAACGUCAAAGAUUCCAACUUUACGACCAACCACGGCACCACUUGAUGUCGACUCCUCUCAGAUUGUGAGCAUGGCUCUUAACUUGAGCGAAUCGAGACGCUUGGCGGAAAGGAGAAACAUGUCAAGUCCUAUACCACCACGCCUUGCCCAACUUCCCGAUAAUCUCGCUGGAGGAAGUCUUAAGCAGCAUCUGCAACAGCAGAGGAGGACAUCUCGUACCAUUUCGCCGAGGCCCGAUAAGAUCCUUACGCCGAGAGCAGUAUCGACUUCGAGAAUUGCCAGCCCAUUACAGCCUUCAUUUGAUCACGAGACUAGUUACACAUACCAUUUUUCAUCUUCAACGCUGAAUCGCGCACAGAAAGCAAAAGAGUAUCUCGAAUUAAUGGCCCAAUAUAGAAGACUAUUACAAUUUUUACCGCCCUUAAAACAAGACGCCUGCUCUCGGCCUUCAUCUUCUAAUAUUUCAACAUCUCCCACAUCCGCGAAAUCACCCGCGGAUCCUCUUUUCGGUUCACAGCAAAUUCAAUUGGGCCGGCCAUACAAUCCACUUCAGUACAUCCGGAAUCGAAAAGUUCGGGCUCGGGAACGCAAAGCUAUUGAUGGGCAAGCAUUGGGGUUUUCUGAUGUCUCUAAAGUAACGGGUUGGAUUGAUGAGACUGCGGCACACGCCGCGAAAUCAGCUCUAUCACUCGGGUCUUCCCCGCUCCCCCGUUUCUCAGGAGCACACGAGAAUGAGGAACAAGAGCUUCCUGCUUCGAAUAUUCCAAGACCCAUCUCGACAAUAGGGAAACCUAAACGAGUAAGGAUUGACUGGAGUAUUGACCCCGCUGACAUGAUUGCGGAUGCAUACUGGCUAGAACAGGGAGAUAACAAAUAUCUUAUUGAAGACCGCCAUUAUGCCAAGAUUUUCCCUCGAAAGCCGGAAACCCAAAUAGUUUCGCCUCACUCAAUCAAUGAUCCUAUUACAUCUGCUCUUUCGACUUCGUCUGUUAAGGAAGGCGACGUUGGCGAUAUCACGGCCAUUUCGGAGAGCGAUCUCACAAGCCCAACGAAAUUAGAGUCUGACGUACCUCCAGUGAGCACAAGGGACCGUGCCCGCCAGAGAUUACAGGAUAUUAGGGGACAUCACAAACAGAACGGUGCCGCACACAGUCAUCAUGACUUCCUUCGAUUCAGGAAAGGUUCAUUAUCGGAUACGUCGGAUAGCGAGAGUGAUCGUAAAAGACGAAACCGUACUGGUACUAUCAGUGCUAAUGGCACGGAUUUACUUGAAAAACAGAUGCAAGACAUGUUAGAAAAGGAGACGAGAGAAGAACAGAACGAGAAGAGGAUAUUGGAGGAGGCUGGCCGUGUUAACCUUAAACCGUUGCCGUCGGGAUUUACAACGCCAGAUAAGAUCUCUCAGACUUCUGAGCAGCUGCAUAGUCGCAGAGGUUCGCGGGUAGAGGUACUUGAAAAUCUGGAUAAAGCUGGUCGCAGUAGGGUAGCACAAGGCUCACCUAUUGGAUCGGGACGGCCUAGUUUGGAUGUUCCUGGUCAGAAUCGUAGGUUUUCGACCGAUUUGGAUUCUUCCCGCCCGGAGUCACCGGACAUAAGACCAACACGAGGGCGUAACAAUCUCAUGCCAACUAUCGGCAUGGAUCUAUCGCCUCCCGAUAGUCGGCCUGGAUCUCCCGGUCGGAAACCUUUCUCAAGGGUAAAGAGCAUAUUCCGCGACCGUAGUAAGGAGCGCGAAUAUGACGGCGGUAAUGCGACCCGAGAAAGAGAAGAGAGGGUGGAUAGCCCCAUCGAGCCGCUUGAAUCCCUGAACCUCUCUGUAGUGGCUGCGGAGAAAUCUCAAUCCCCGGACCGACGCAGGUCUAAGAGUCUUACGCGCAAGAUCAUCUCGAAACCUACGCAUGAGAGUCAUAAAUCACAUCGUAGCAUGGGAAGUAUCAAGUUUAAGCCUGACGAUCAAGUUGGUUUGCGAAGCCUCUUCAAAGGAGGCGCUAAGCUAGAUGGCAUGAUACGUGGUGGUGUUUCUAAAGUUACUGAUUUGCUAUGGAAGAAAGACUCCGAUGGCGAAAGUUCAUCUACAUCAUCAAGUGAAGAUUCAGACGACGAGUCGAAAAGAGGUAGGAUUAGGGAACCUACUGCAUCUCGCAGCACGUCUCGGCGCCCACGUGAUAAUGAUCGUGGGAAGAAUUACCUUGAUGUCAUGCCUCCAUUCAAGUCGGCAUCAAUCACUCAAGACAAUCCACUAUCAGAGGAGGGUGACACUCUUGCUCUGGCACACACUCCUUCGCGGCCUGGUAGAUCGCCCCGGUUCGACCGAUUGAAACCGCCCCGGAUCGAUAUUCGGAAAGCUUCACCUCCUACGUCGGAUCUUGGACGUACUAAGUCGCGUUUGAUUCGCGAUUCUGAUGUCUCCGACGCGGAAUCACGUUCACGCGACUCGGCUAGUUAUGGUGAUAAAUCUCGAAGCAUUUCGAGGGAUCUGAAUGAGGUACCAGCUCUCCCUGCACCCGAAGCUCUACAGAAUCGACCUCGGAUGGGCUCGAGAUCGCUAUCACAAGGCGCCCGCCAUUGGUCUAUCUCGAACCGCAGCCCCUCUCCCAAAGGAGGAAAGAUUUCGAGAAGAGAGGUAGCUCGACUCCGCGCUUUGAUUCUCUGUUCGGGUAUCAAAGCAAUGGAAAUCUCGCGGCGUGCAUAUGAACCACACCCGCUCUUCGCACCUGAUAAUAAUAAAGCUGCGAUGGGCCUGCCGUGGGCCGAUGUUAGCCGGUUUACGCCAGACUCAUUAGCGACCCUCACCGCACCCGAAACACAGCUCUACCCCGCUACAGCCCGCGCCCUCGCCGAAAGUAUCGACCGUUCGGUCCACGUCUCCGAAACCAGCACUACCAAAUUCUCAUCCGACACAGCAACCAGCCUCAAGCACCGAGUCGAAACCCUGCAUAACCGCGUCGGCGGCGAAUUGGCGACUCUAACGCACAAUGCAGCGGACGAAGCCGAUGAGCUGGGUCGCGAUCUAGUAGGGAACCAGAGGUUAAAGGCCAAGCGUGUGGCUGAUACCAUGGAUAAGAUGCUGCGCAGACGUCGACGCCGGUUUAGGUGGGUGAGACGUGCCGGUUGGCUCGCGGUCGAGUGGGCGCUGGUUGGCUUCAUGUGGUAUGUCUGGUUUAUGGUGAUGAUUGCGCGCGUGGUGCUUGGUGUGGGGAAGGGUAUCGUGGGGGUUGGGAGGUGGUUGCUUUGGUUGUAGACCGCUUACACACUUGCGUACUGAAGGCAAUGAGAAAGAGAGUAGGGGGUGAGGGGAGAAGUGGCCGUGGUAGAGAAGAUGAAGUUGAAGAGCAAAUAAGCAAGCAAUAAGCAAGUAGAGGAGGACUUUUUUCAAACGAACUUUUGGUAAUGAUACCCUGUGGGUUACUGCAUUUUAAUUUUCCUUUUCUACCUACAUAACCCGCCUACUACCUACAUCUCUCUAUUCGUGGGGGUAUUUUUUUAUUACGAUUUGUUAUCUGCGGUUUAUGGAUA